AUGGCUCCUAUGUUUGAUUACGCCACUAUAAAGAAGGUCAUUCCUGUUGAUAUCCUGCCAAAUUUGGCAACGCCGGGAGGUGACGGCAUACCAUCGCGUGUCCUGAGAUAUGGCGGUCAAGAUGUCAAAACACUUGUCCUAAAUCUUUUUACCCACUCAGUAAACUCUGGAAUCGUCCCCUCUCAAUGGAAACAAUAUGUCGUUCGCCCCCAUUUUAAAUCCGGAUCCAGGCAAACUGCUACAAAUUACAGAGGGAUCCACCAUACUCCUCUUUUAAUGCGAACCCUCGAACGUCUGGUAAAAGGCCCUUUAAUCAGGUUUCUCCUAGCUACAAACGCCAUAGAUGAUCGACAGUAUGGAUUCCUAUCUCAGAGAUCCGUAAACGGCUGCCAGCUUCACUUUUUUGAGACCAUCACAGCAGCUUACGACGCUGGAUACGCCAUAGUAACAGUCUAUCUAGACAUCCAAAAAGCCUUCGACCAGGUCCCCCACGCCUCCCUGCUACACAAACUUAGCACCGUUGGCAUCACGGGAACCUUAUUUCAGUGUCGGCCGCGAAACGUAGUAUCCAAAACCUGGCUUUCCAAGUCAAACUGCCCUGCAAUGUUUCGUUCCCAAAUGCGCACACUUUUGUUCCCUAGUCGCCCGAUCGUGAUACGUCAGUUAUAUGGAAAUUCUGGAUCAGAACGGCACAAAACAGGAAUCCUGAUGCUAAACAUGGGCGGUCCAAAAACCACUGAACAUGUGCACGACUUUUUGUUGCGGCUAUUCUCUGAUCGUGAGAUCAUGCAGCUACCUGCACAGAGUAUACUCUCACGCCUAAUAGCUAAACGGCGGUCGCCUAAAAUUGUCAAGCAGUAUGAACAGAUUGGCGGUGGGUCACCAAUCACACACUGGACUCAGACGCAGGGUGAAUUCGUUGUUCGUUAUUUGGACAAAGUGAGUCCAGAAACAGCACCGCAUAAACUGUACAUUGGUUUUCGUUACGUCCAUCCUCUGCUCGAAACCGCAAUCAACGCAAUGGAAAAGGAUAACCUAGAGAGAGUGGUGGCCUUCAGCCAGUAUCCACAGUACAGUUGUACCACCUCAGGAAGCAGUUUCAACGCCAUCGCCAGACACUAUGAAUCUAAAGACGGUACUUUCACCGGCGUGGAGACAAUAUCGGCACCGGAUGUGACGACCAAACUUCCCGGUCCUGUUUGGUCAUUUCUGGAUCGAUGGCCGGUGGAAUCUUUUCUCACACAUACCUUUGCUCAACACAUCCGUCACCUACUUGAUGCCAUCGAGGAUCCUGUCGAACGGAAGAAUACAGUGCUCCUGUUCAGUGCUCAUUCUAUCCCUAUAUCUGUUGUCAGUCGUGGAGACUCUUACCCACAGGAGGUUGCUGCCACCGUCCAUGCGGUUAUGCAAUUACUGAAUUUUCAAUGGCCCUACCGCCUCGUGUGGCAGUCUAAAGUUGGUCCGGCUGCCUGGCUUGGACCAUCCACAUUAGACACAUUGCACGGACUGGCUCGUUUGGGCUACCGGCAUGCUAUGCUCAUUCCAAUCGCCUUUACCUCAGACCACAUCGAAACGUUGUACGAAAUGGAUUUGGAAUAUUGCAAAGAAACUGCUCAUAAGGCAGGAAUGGUCCGUGUGCACCGAGCUGCGUCGCCAAACGAUAAUAAUGUGUUUCUGCUGGGUUUGGGUGAAUUGGUUUCGAAGCACUUGCGUAGUGGCGAGGCCUGCUCUCGACAGUUUAUGCUCCGUUGUCCAAUGUGCACAAACCCCCACUGUGAAGCGACGCGAACAUUCAUUCAAACGGAGAAGAAACGAUUGGAACCGUGGACAACGAAAAACUUCGUUGAAUCAACAAAAACAAAGGUCGCCAACCAGUGACAUCUCAAUUUUUCUGCUAAAUCGCCCGUCCGCCAAUCCUUAUGACCAACUCUCUUUUACCUGUUUUCUUUACUCUCUAGACGUAUUUAACGCUAAGACAACGGGUGCUCAUAAGCUCAUCUUUGUUUGACUUGUUUCGCGAACCAAAUUGGGUUGCACAUAAUUUCCGUCUCUGUUCCCAAAACUGCAAUAGACUUUCGUAUUUUUUAAAUCGAGUUUUCGGAUUACUGAGUGCUCACUCUGUUCAUUUGUUCGGUCGUUUAUUGUAAGCAGAAAACCGAGUUUCACGACGACUUACUCCCAUUAGUUUAUGGAGGAAAG